AUGUUUGUUCGAACUUGGAUUCUGCUCUUAGUAUUUCCAGUUAUAGUGAGUACGAAUGAAUGCUACGUGACUCCAUGUACUCGUGACAUCAUUAUUGUAGUUGAUGGGUCAAGUUCCAUGCAAACAAGUACAUAUGUUUCACAGGAAAUCAACAUGAUCACAAAACUGACAUAUUCAUGGACACUGGAUGAAUCUAAAGUGAGAUUGGCUCUUGUUGGUGCUUACUUUGGCAAUGAGUUCAAUGGAUUGGAUUACUUCACUGAUGGUUCGCUUGUCGAAAAACGUCUUCAAUCAUUCCGUCUGGCAGCCAUGCAAUAUGGACUUUUCAACGGAGAUUUCAAUACAACUGUUCGUUUUCUUGAUGAGCGUUAUGUUGGUCAACGAGCAAACUUUGGUCCCAGAAUAAAUGUUCAAAAGAGGGUUGUAAUAUUCACUUCACAUAGUGGAGUUGAUGAUAUUGCAUCGACAAAAGACACUUUGCAACGAUUCGGACAAUUGGGAUAUGCAGUGACACUUGUUGGAAUCGGAGUCAGUGAAAGUGUCUACAAGAGUACAUAUUAUCAUAAGUUCGUUUCUGUUCAAUUAUUUGAGUUAGGAGUAGUUGCUCAAUCAAUUAUCGAUUCAAUCACCGAAGAUGGAAUUUGUUUCUUAGAUCAAGGAUGGACAACUCCAAAACCAGAAAUCUGUACCACAAGUACUACAACAACUCGUGCUCCAACUACAACUACUAAAAAGACAGCAAGUGUCAAACCAGCAACCACACCAAAACCAGUUCCACCAACUCAACCACCGUUCCCUGUUGGAGAUUAUCAAGACUGUAGUUGUACGACACAAUCUCUUUAUAUUGAUAUUGUGUUUGUUAUUGAUGUUUCGGAAGGAAUGGGACUUGGCGGACUCAUGAUGGUCAAGGCUGAAAUUAACACUUUGGUUGGUCAAAUGUCAUUGGAUCCAAAUAUUCAGAAACAUGUUCAAGUUGGAUUGAUCAAGUACAGUAACGAAGCAGAGAUAGUGUUCAAACCAUCGGACUACGAUGAUGAAGACGAAUUCACAGAAGAUUUAUGGUCAGAUCCACGUUUACAAGAUGUUGAUAAAGUGGAUGAAGUGAACUUACAUUUGGGACUGCAAAAAGCUGCAAAAAUGAUUGGUUCAAUGAGGAGAGGAGUAAGGAAGGUUGUAGUGGUUUAUGCAGCUAGUUACAAUGAUGAAGGAAAUGACGAUGCACGUCAAAUUGCUGCAAAUAUUCGAGAAUCUGGAUAUGAAAUCAUCACAGUUGCGUUUGUUGAGCCAGAAUCUUCGAACUUGGUGAUGAAAAUCGGAGAAAUCGCAAGUCCCCGAAUGAAUUUCACUUCUUUCCGAGACGAUUUGCUGGUUGAAGAAAUGGAAGAUGCUUUUUGUCAGGUCAACUGUUAUUGUCCAAACGGCUGGAAACAACUAGUUCUAGAGAACAGAAAAUAUGGAGAAUGUUUUUUCCCGACUAAAAUAGAUGCCAGUUGGACAGCCACAAAGUUCGAAUGUCCGAUUCUUUCGAAAGAUCAUACUGGAAAUGGGCAUCUUGUCUAUGUGAAUUCUGCUCUCAAAAAUCAAUUCCUCAACGAUUUUUACAUGAAUCAUUGGGAUCCGGAAAACCAAGAAAAGCCAAAUUAUGAUAUUGGGUACUAUUACGAUAAAACGACGAAGAAAUUUAUUUGGGUGAAUGGAGUUACGAACAAUCCAUAUUCUAACUGGGCAGAGGGAUAUCCGGAUAUUACGAAAGGAGAAUGUGUUAUGGCAAAACGAAUGGAUGGAACACAGAAGGAUUUCAGAUGGGUUUCAGUUAAUUGUCAAACUGAUUAUGGAAGAGGACUUUGUCAGGAAGCAGCAUGUGAUUCUGAUUUCUAUUGCCCUCCAGAGUAUAAUUAA